CCUACAGCCAUGGGAUUCAGAACUAAAAUUCACAUUUUGAUAAAGCUUUUGCUUUUACUUUUCAAUUUAAAUCUGGGUUUGAGCUCUGCAGUGGACACCAUCACCACAGGUCAAUUCAUCAGAGAUCAUGAAGUAGUGAGCUCCCAUAGCAGUGACUUCAAGCUUGGAUUUUUCAGCCCUCAAAAUUCCACAAAUCGGUAUGUCGGAAUCUGGUAUCUUUCUGAAUCUAACAUCAUCUGGGUGGCUAACAGAAACCAGCCACUGGUUGAUUCUUUUGGGAUUGUCACAAUCUCCAAGGAUGGGAAUCUUGUGGUUUUGGACAAACAAAAUAUGAUUAUUUGGUCCACUAAUAUCUCAAAUAUUGCAUACAAUUCUACUGCAAAACUUUUAGAUAUUGGGAAUCUAGUCCUCUCUGAUGACAACACAGGAGAAACUAUAUGGGAGAGCUUCCAACAUCCUUCUAAUGUAUUUGUACCAAAGAUGAAUAUCAGUUUGAACAAAAUAACUGGAGCGAAAAUGAAACUUACAUCAUGGAAAAGUCAUUCUGAUCCAUCUACUGGAUACUACUCGGUUUCUCUUGAACGCCCUGAUGCUCCUGAUAUUUUUGCUUGGUUCAAUGGAACUCAUCCAUAUUCUCGAACAGGUCCAUGGAACGGCAGGAUUUUUACAGGAAGACCUAUGAUGCCAACAAGGUAUCUUUAUGGAUGCUAUGUUAAAAAUGAAGAUGAUGGAACAGUUUAUAUAACUUGUGAUCUUGCAAAUGAUACCAGUUUUCCAAUUCUUAGCUUGAGCCCACAAGGCCAACUUUGGAUUGCACUGUGGAAUGAGAAAAGAGAAAUCAUGAGGAACAUGUUGAAUAUCACUUAUUGUGAUCACUAUGGCAUUUGUGGGGCAUUUGGAAGCUGUAACUCACGAAGAUCACCAGCUUGUAGCUGUUUGAAUGGGUAUGAACCUAAGAAACUAGAUGAAUGGAAUAAGCAAAAUUGGGCUAGUGGGUGUGUGAGGAAGAAGCCAUUGCAAUGUGAUACGAUGGGAAAUAGCAGCGAAGUACAUGAAAAGGACGGUUUUUCAAAACUUGAGAACAUGAAAGUUCCAGACUUUUUGAUUAGGUCAACUGCCCCAGAUCAAGAUAAUUGCAGAACACAAUGCUUGGAUAAUUGUUCUUGUGUGGCAUAUGCGUUUGAUUUGCAUGGUAUUGGAUGUAUGCAUUGGAGUGGAGAUUUGAUUGACCAACAAAGAUUCUCCAGUGGAGGGGUUGAUCUUUACAUUCGUUUGCCUUUGUCAGAACUUGAGAAUCAUUCACACAAAAGAAAAAUCUUGACUGCAAUUAUGGCGACAAUAGGAAUUAUUACUUUAAUUGCCUGUGCAUAUCUCGUAAGGAAAUUGACAGUUAAAUGCGCAGGUGGGGCAGAUUCACAUAGCCAGGCUCAAAGAGUGAUAAGUCAACAAGAAGAAAUCAAAAUGGACGAGCUUCCACUUUAUGAUUUUGAAGAGCUUGCAACUGCUACAAACAAUUUUCACACCACAAACCUGCUUGGACGAGGUGGUUUUGGAUCAGUUUACAAGGGCCAACUAAAAGAUGGACAACUAAUCGCAAUCAAAAGGCUUUCAAAAGCAUCAAGACAAGGGCAAGAAGAGUUCAUGAAUGAGGUUGUGGUGAUUUCAAAGCUCCAGCAUCGCAAUCUAGUAAGACUUUUAGGCUGUUGCAUUUGGCAAGAUGAAAGAAUAUUAAUUUAUGAGUACCUGCAAAACAAGAGUUUGGAUACAAUUUUAUUUGAUCCAAGCAAAAACCAAAAUUUAGAUUGGCAAAAACGUUUUAAAAUCAUUGAAGGAAUUUCUCGAGGUUUACUUUAUUUACACAGAGAUUCUAGAAUAAAAAUCAUACACAGAGAUUUAAAGGUUAGUAACAUCUUAUUGGAUGAAGAGCUAAAUCCCAAAAUAUCAGAUUUUGGAAUGGCCAGAAUAUUUAGAAGCAAUGAAGAUCAAGCUAGUACUAGAAGGGUGGUUGGCACAUUUGGUUAUAUAUCUCCUGAAUACGCGAUGCAAGGACAAUUUUCUGAAAAAUCAGAUGUCUUUAGUUUUGGAGUUCUAUUGCUAGAGAUUGUUAGUGGGAGAAGCAACUCUCGAUUGUAUAACACGGAGGGAUCUCAAACGCUUUUAGGAUAUGCAUGGAAGCUAUGGAAUGAAGAUAAUCUUAUGUCCUUUAUAGAUUCUGAAAUACACUAUCAAGGUUCUAGUAAUGAAAUUUUACGGUGUAUACACAUAGGACUUCUGUGUGUACAGGAACUAGCAAAAGAGCGACCAACUAUAGAUAAUGUAGUGUCAAUGCUAAGCAGUGAGAUUGCCAAUCUUCCUCCUCCCAGGCAACCUUCAUAUGUACUAAAUGAGACAGGAUUUGCCACAAAGUCCACUUCAGAAACACAGACCUUGUACUCUACUAACUUUGUAAGCAUCACUGACAUAAUUGGGAGAUAAUAAUACUAAGGAUUAGAUUUGAUGGAAAAUUAUUGUGAUACUUUUACUAGGAUUUAGCUAGCUAUGUGGAUAAUUAUAUUUCAUUACUUAAUUCUAAUGUUUCUUGAAACCAA